AUGGAGCAACAUCCUUUAUCAAUCCCUUUACAGGACGAUACUAAAAAGAAGGGCAUACUAUCUUUUUUCCAAAACACAACCACUAUAAAAGGCAAUAAGGUGACGAAAAAAAAGGCAGAUGUCAUCACCUUAGAUGACCCUAGCGAGGAUUCCAAUGGAGCUAUGAUGGACACCGCUGAGCAGAAAACCAUAACAAGUGCCACUCAAGAAUUUGCAGAUGAAAUGAGGGCAGGAUCUGAGAAGGCCAAUGCUGAAGACAACAUAUUGUGUUGCAACUCUUCAUCCACCAAAGGUACAGAAUAUGAUAAAAGCACAUACAAACAGACACCUGGUGAAAAUUCAUUGGCUAUAAAGGCAAAAAGCAAAAGCUCUUCUCCAUCCUCCAAGAGAGAACUUUCAAUAAUAAGGAAAGAACAAGCAAAACGGGAAAAAGAACUAAAGAAGCAACAGCGUGAGGAGGAGAAGCACAGAAAAGAGUUAUUACGUCAGGAAGAGAAACGAAAAAAAGAGCAGAAGGCAGAAGAAGAGAGACAAAAGCGUGCUGAGCAGAAGAAGCAAAAGGAAGAGGAAAAACGCAAGAAGGAAGAAGAAAGAUUAGAGGCCAAAAGAAGAAAAGAGGAGGAAAAACUGAAAAGAGAAGAGCAGAUACGUUCAAAAGAAAAGGCUAAAGAAAGAGCACAAUCUCGUAUUGGUAAUUUCUUUAAAAAGGUAAGCGAUUUUAAUACGCCUGUAGUUGAGAAGUCAGAUUAUGAGAAGUUUUUUCUGCCAUUCUAUGCCAAGGAUGGCGUUAAGGUUAGUAAUAAAUGGCAACUAACAAAAGCGCAGCUGGAUGAUAUCAAAAAAAAAAUAGAUGACGAAUUAUCGAAUACGAAAGAUGUAACCAAUAGUGACGAGCUUAAAAGUUGGUUAAAGUCCCAAAAGGCACCUAAAGGACACAAAAUCAAAUGUAAGGCUGUUGAAGUUUUACAAAAAAUGACAUUAAAGGAGAAAACAGACGAUGAACUACAAUAUCUACUUGCACAAGUUCCGCAUAAGUACAUAAAGUUUUACGAAAAUGUGAGACCUCCCUAUAUUGGGACAUACUCUGUGGAUUUUACCUUACCAGUAAAUGAUCCAUUUUCUACGGAAGGCACUGGAUUUAAUUAUGAUUACGAUUCCGAUGUCGAGUGGGUAAACGAAGAAGAAGAAGGUGAAGUGGACAACUUAGAAAGUGGUGAAGAGGAAGAUGACGAAGAUGACGAAGACAUUCCCAGCGCAGGAGAAUUUGACGGAUUUCUUGAGAGCGAAGAAAAUAGUGAUGUAGAUGGUCCAACCAGUGCCAAGAGGAAAUAUGUAGGCCCUUUGAUACCAACGAUAUGUUUGCAAUCCGAUUUUGAAAACUUAUCAGAAGAUAAUAAAUUAUACUUACGACAGAUUAAAGCCGAAGUGCUCAUAGAAGCCGACGGGCCAAUUGAUCCUUUUAAGGAACCCGAAGCACUGACUGUGUCAUCCAAAAGAAGUAAUUCCGACUUACAAACACAAAAGUCUAGUCAGUCUCAAAGUCCGGAAAAGAAACAGAAAAUAGUCAUUACAAACCCUAAAGACUUACUUCAGCUUUUGGAUGAGGUUCAAGACAGCACAUUUUCUUUGGGUACUGUGACUGAAAUAGUACAAAAGAACCUGCCGCAAUACAGUAAACAAACAAUCAAAAACACUAUAAAGGAACAUGCCAUAAGAGGUUCAGGAAAGGGUGAUUUACCCCGUAAAUGGGAAGUCAAAGAUGUGCAAAACUGGGAUAAUCUCCGAGUCAAUGCGAAUACAUUAACUUCGUCUUCGUGA